UGUUUUACUUCCAUACUGAUCCUUCAGUUAUGGCCAUAACAAACAAGUCAAAACAAAGCAUCUGUUCCCUUUAGUUUUAAAGAGUUGCUGUGCCUGUCGAUUAUAGACAAUCUUAGGUUAUAAAUCUCAUGUAUUGGUUUCUUGCCUUGCUCUGCCAAUUAAUUAAUUUCUGAGCUACUAGGUGCAGUUUCAUUCACAAUUACAAUAGACCUUUGUCAUCCCUUUUUGGAUGAAACAUGGUCAUUCUAAGCUAAAACAACAGCUCAGCGCUCAUAAGAUGGCCUUAGUUUGUCAUGGGAUAAAAAUAAUUCACUGUGUGAUCGUAAGCAGGGCAUUAGGAGGGCAAACAUUAGUGGGCAAACGAGGUAAAAAUUCAUGACCAAAUGGAGUGGCUGGGGCAGGCUGAUGGCACACUUAAAGCGCUAUAUAAGAACUGACCGAAGACUCCUCCUAGGACUCGCACGCACCCAGCUAAGUACCACAAGGCAGCCACUAAAAACACCUGGACCUUCUGGAGCGGCAUCACACAAAGUAAGCCGUCACCAUGAGUACGGAUCCGGAAAUGGAGUGCUUUGGCUCGGCGGCCGUAUACCUCCGAAAGCCAGAGCGAGAGAGGAUUGAGGCGCAAAACUUACCGUUUGAUGCCAAAACCGCUUACUUUGUGUAUGAGCCAACUGAGAUGUACCUCAAAGGGGUCCUCCAGAGCAGAGAGGGGGGCAAAGCAACCGUCAAAACUCUGAGUGGCAAAGUCUUGACAGUGAAGGAGGAUGACAUCUAUCCUAUGAAUCCUCCUAAGUUUGAUAAGAUUGAGGACAUGGCCAUGAUGACCCACCUCAAUGAGCCUGCUGUGCUGUACAACCUCAAAGAGCGUUAUGCAGCAUGGAUGAUCUAUACCUACUCUGGGCUCUUCUGUGUCACUGUGAACCCCUAUAAGAGGCUCCCAGUGUAUGAUACUACAGUUGUAGCAGGUUACAGGGGCAAAAAGAGAAUCGAGGCCCCACCCCACAUCUUCUCCAUCUCUGAUAAUGCCUAUCAGUUCAUGCUAACUGACCGUGAGAACCAGUCAAUCCUGAUCACCGGAGAAUCUGGUGCAGGAAAGACCGUGAACACCAAGCGUGUCAUCCAGUACUUUGCGACAAUCGCAGUGUCUGGACAGAAGAAGGUAGAACAUGUUCCUGGAAAAAUGCAGGGGUCGCUGGAGGAUCAAAUCAUUGCAGCCAACCCUCUGCUAGAGGCUUAUGGUAAUGCCAAAACUGUGAGGAACGACAACUCCUCUCGCUUUGGUAAAUUCAUCAGAAUCCAUUUUGGGUCCACAGGAAAGCUGGCCUCAGCUGAUAUUGAAACUUAUCUGCUGGAAAAGUCAAGGGUAACUUUCCAGCUAUCAGCUGAGAGGAGCUACCACAUUUUCUAUCAGGUCACAACUGGCCACAAGCCUGAACUGCUAGAGGCUCUCCUGAUCACCACCAACCCAUAUGACUACCCAUUGAUCAGUCAGGGCGAGAUCACUGUCAAGAGCAUCAAUGACGUUGAAGAGUUCAUUGCUACAGAUACAGCUAUUGACAUCUUGGGCUUCACUGCUGAGGAGAAGAUGAGCAUCUACAAGCUGACAGGAGCUGUGAUGCAUCAUGGAAACAUGAAGUUCAAACAGAAGCAGAGGGAGGAGCAGGCUGAGCCUGAUGGCACUGAGGUGGCUGAUAAAAUCGCUUACCUCAUGGGCCUGAACUCAGCUGACAUGCUGAAAGCUUUGUGCUACCCCAGAGUCAAGGUUGGGAACGAGUAUGUGACCAAAGGGCAAACUGUUCCACAGGUCAACAAUGCAGUCAUGGCUCUGAGCAAAUCAGUCUAUGAGAAAAUGUUCUUGUGGAUGGUUUACCGUAUCAAUGAGAUGUUGGAUACCAAGCAGCCAAGGCAGUUCUUUAUCGGAGUGCUGGAUAUUGCUGGGUUUGAAAUCUUUGAUUUCAACAGCCUGGAACAGCUGUGCAUCAACUUCACUAAUGAGAAACUGCAACAGUUUUUCAACCACCACAUGUUUGUCCUGGAGCAAGAGGAAUACAAGAAAGAAGGAAUUCAGUGGGAGUUCAUUGACUUUGGUAUGGACUUGGCUGCCUGCAUUGAGCUUAUUGAGAAGCCAAUGGGUAUUUUCUCCAUCCUUGAAGAGGAGUGCAUGUUCCCCAAAGCCACAGACACUACCUUCAAGAACAAACUCUAUGAUCAGCAUCUGGGUAAAAGUGCAUGCUUCCAGAAGCCAAAGCCUACUAAAGGCAAGACCGAGGCCCACUUCUCCCUGGUGCACUACGCUGGCACGGUAGACUACAACAUCUUCGGCUGGUUGGAUAAAAACAAGGACCCCUUGAAUGACUCUGCUGUUCAGCUCUACCAGAAGUCUUCACUCAAACUGCUCAGUAAUCUAUAUGCUUCCCAUGCAUCUUCAGAAGCUGAGGGAGGUAGCAAAAAAGGGAAGAAGAAGGGUGGCUCUUUCCAGACCGUGUCUGCUUUGUUCAGGGAGAACUUGGGCAAGCUUAUGACCAACUUGAGAAGCACUCAUCCUCACUUUGUGCGUUGCAUCAUUCCAAAUGAAUCAAAGACACCAGGCCUGAUGGAGAAUGCUCUGGUCAUCCACCAACUGCGCUGUAAUGGUGUACUUGAGGGCAUCAGAAUCUGCAGAAAGGGUUUCCCCAGCAGAAUCCUCUACGGUGACUUUAAGCAGAGAUACAAAGUAUUGAAUGCCAGUGUUAUCCCUGAGGGACAGUUCAUUGACAACAAGAAAGCUUCAGAGAAGCUUCUAAGUUCCAUUGACGUGGAUCAUACCCAGUACAAGUUUGGACACACCAAGGUGUUCUUCAAAGCUGGCCUUCUGGGUCUUCUUGAGGAGAUGCGAGAUGAGAAGCUUGCCAUCCUUGUUACCAUGACUCAGGCACUGUGUAGAGGUUUCCUUAUGAGAAGAGAGUUUGUCAAGAUGAUGGAGAGGAGAGAAUCAAUCUUCAGCAUUCAGUAUAACAUCCGCUCAUUCAUGAAUGUGAAACACUGGCCAUGGAUGAAGCUGUAUUUUAAGAUCAAGCCUCUUCUGAAGAGUGCAGAGACUGAGAAGGAAAUGGCUGCUAUGAAAGAGAACUUUGAGAAAAUGAAAGAAGAUCUAACAAAGGCUCUGGCCAAGAAAAAGGAGCUUGAGGAAAAGAUGGUUACUUUACUGCAGGAAAAGAAUGACCUGCAGUUACAAGUAGCUGCAGAAGUAGAAAAUCUCUCAGAUGCUGAGGAGAGAUGUGAGGGGCUCAUCAAAAGCAAGAUCCAGCUUGAGGCCAAAGUCAAGGAGGCAACUGAGAGACUGGAGGAUGAAGAGGAAAUCAAUGCAGAGUUAACUGCCAAGAAAAGGAAACUGGAGGAUGAGUGUUCUGAGCUGAAGAAAGACAUUGAUGAUCUGGAGCUUACCUUAGCUAAAGUGGAAAAGGAGAAGCAUGCUACUGAGAACAAGGUCAAAAACCUCACUGAAGAGAUGGCAUCUCAAGAUGAGGCCAUUGUCAAGCUGACCAAGGAAAAGAAAGCUCUUCAAGAGGCACAUCAGCAGAUUCUUGAUGAUCUCCAAGCAGAGGAAGACAAAGUCAACUCUCUGACUAAAGCCAAGGCUAAGCUUGAGCAGCAAGUCGAUGAUCUUGAGGCCUCACUUGAACAAGAGAAGAAGCUUCGUAUGGAUCUCGAAAGAGCAAAGAGAAAGCUUGAGGGAGACCUCAAGCUGGCCCAAGAAUCCAUGAUGGACUUGGAGAAUGACAAGCAGCAAUCAGAGGAAAAGCUGAAGAAGAAAGACUUUGAGACAAGCCAACUUCUUAGCAGAAUUGAGGAUGAGCAGUCUCUUGGUUUAGGGCUUCAAAAGAAGAUUAAAGAACUCCAGGCUCGUAUUGAGGAGCUUGAAGAGGAGAUUGAGGCUGAGCGUGCUGCUCGUGCCAAAGUUGAAAAGCAGAGGUCUGAUCUCUCCAGAGAACUGGAAGAGAUCACUGAGAGACUUGAGGAAGCCGGCGGUGCCACUUCUGCCCAAAUUGAGAUGAACAAGAAACGUGAGUCUGAGUUCCAAAAGCUGCGCCGUGAUCUUGAAGAGGCCACCUUGCAGCAUGAAGCCACUGCUGCAGCUCUCCGUAAGAAGCAGGCCGACACCUUGGCCGAGCUAGGAGAGCAGAUUGACAACCUCCAGAGGGUCAAACAGAAGCUGGAGAAAGAGAAGAGUGAAUUCAAAAUGGAGAUUGAUGACCUGACCAGCAACAUGGAGGCAGUUGCAAAAUCAAAGGCUCAUCUUGAAAAGAUGUGCCGUACACUGGAGGAUCAGGUGAGCGAGCUGAAGACAAAGACUGAGGAACAGCUUCGCCAUCUGAAUGACAUUAGUGUCCAUAAGGCACGACUUCAGACUGAAAAUGGUGAAAUGGGACGUCAGCUGGAAGAGAAAGAAGCCCUCGUUUCUCAGCUGACUCGUAGCAAGCAAGCUUAUACUCAGCAGAUUGAGGAGCUGAAAAGGCACAUUGAAGAAGAGGUCAAGGCCAAGAAUGCCCUGGCCCAUGCUGUGCAGUCUGCACGUCAUGACUGUGACCUUCUCAGAGAGCAGUUUGAAGAAGAACAAGAAGCCAAAUCUGAGCUCCAACGUUCAAUGUCUAAGGCAAACAGUGAGGUAGCUCAGUGGAGAACCAAAUAUGAGACUGAUGCCAUCCAGCGUACAGAGGAACUGGAGGAAGCAAAGAAAAAGCUUGCCCAGCGCUUGCAGGACGCUGAGGAGACCAUUGAAGCCGUGAAUGCCAAGUGUGCCUCCUUGGAAAAAACCAAGCAGAGAUUGCACGGUGAAGUGGAGGACCUCAUGAUUGAUGUGGAGAGGGCUAAUGCACUUGCGGCCACCCUUGACAAAAAGCAAAGGAACUUUGACAAGGUCUUGGCAGAAUGGAAGCAGAAAUUUGAGGAGAGCCAAGCAGAGCUGGAAGGAGCCCAGAAAGAAGCUCGCUCUCUCAGCACCGAGCUUUUCAAGAUGAAGAACUCCUAUGAAGAAACUCUAGACCAUCUAGAGACUCUGAAGAGGGAGAACAAAAACCUUCAGCAGGAGAUCUCAGAUUUAACUGAACAACUUGGUGAGACUGGAAAGACAAUUCAUGAGCUGGAGAAAGGAAAGAAGACAGUGGAAAUUGAGAAGACAGAAAUACAGACAGCUCUUGAGGAGGCUGAGGCCACACUGGAACACGAGGAGUCCAAGAUUGUUCGUAUCCAGCUUGAGCUGAGCCAAGUAAAGGGUGAGAUUGACAGGAGGUUGGCUGAGAAGGAUGAGGAGAUUGAGCAAAUCAAGCGAAAUAGCCAAAGGGUGAUUGACUCAAUGCAGAGCACUCUGGAUGCUGAAAUCAGAAGCAGAAAUGAUGCUCUAAGAAUCAAGAAGAAGAUGGAGGGUGAUCUCAAUGAGAUGGAAAUACAGUUGAGCCAUGCAAACCGUCAGGCAUCUGAAGCCCAGAAACAGCUCAGAAAUGUCCAAGGACAGCUUAAGGAUGCCCAACUGCAUCUUGAUGAAGCUAUAAGAGGACAAGAGGAAAUGAGGGAGCAGGUGGCCAUGGUGGAGCGCAGGAACAACCUGAUGCUGGCUGAGAUUGAGGAGCUCAGAGCUGCUCUGGAGCAAACCGAGAGAGGACGCAAAAUGGCCGAGCAGGAGUUGGUGGAUGCCAGUGAGCGAGUGACUCUGCUUCAUUCUCAGAAUACCAGCCUUAUCAACACCAAGAAGAAGUUGGAGGCUGACCUUGUGCAGAUUCAAGGUGAGGUAGAUGACGCCAUUCAGGAAGCACGCAAUGCUGAGGACAAGGCCAAGAAAGCUAUCACUGAUGCUGCCAUGAUGGCAGAAGAACUGAAGAAGGAGCAGGACACCAGUGCUCACCUGGAGAGGAUGAAGAAGAACCUGGAAGUUACAGUCAAGGACCUGCAGCACCGCCUGGAUGAGGCUGAGAAUCUGGCCAUGAAAGGUGGAAAAAAACAGCUUCAGAAACUGGAGGCUAGAGUCCGUGAGCUGGAGGGUGAGGUUGAAGGUGAACAGAGGCGUGCUGCUGAAGCUAUUAAAGGCGUUCGCAAAUAUGAGAGGAGAGUGAAAGAGCUCACCUACCAGACUGAAGAGGAUAAGAAGAAUGUGACCAGGCUGCAGGAUCUGGUGGACAAACUGCAGCUGAAAGUGAAGUCCUACAAGAGACAAGCUGAGGAGUCUGAGGAGCAGGCGAACACUCACCUGUCCAGGUACAGGAAGGUGCAGCAUGAGCUGGAGGAGGCUCAGGAGAGAGCCGACAUUGCUGAGUCGCAGGUCAACAAGCUCAGAGCCAAGAGCCGUGAACUUGGAAGGGGAAAAGAAGCUGAGUAAAGUGAUCACGUGACAGUAGCAAGAUCUCAUAUAAUAUGAGUGCAAUGCAGAAUUUUCACUGAAACUCUGGAGUAGGCCUGCCUCUAAUAAAACAGCUUGUGAUCUGA